GCCGGUUCUGUUCUACAACGGAAAUCAAAGUGUAUGCGUUGAAUGUUUUUGGUUUUCUGUUUUUCUUUUAUAUAAAACAAAAAAAUAAACAAAAAACUAAACAAAAAAAAAUGUUUUUUAAGUGAAAAAAAUUAAAUUGUGUAAAAAAUUAGAGUCAGGCAGAAAUUGUAAAUGAAUAUUACUGUGGGCAAAAAAUAGCAUUCCAAAGAAGAAAAUUUAACAAAAAAGAAACAAAUUGCUUUAGUAAAAUAAUAAAAUUGUAUGUGAAUGUGUGUGAAUAAUUAUUGAAAAAGUUGCCACCAUGAAUUUUGAGUAAAAAAUCAAUAUAUAAUUAAAAAAAUUUAUUUGACUAAAGUAUAAAAAAGUGUACUUGUUAAAUAUCUUGAAAUAUUUAUGAAAUAAUUAUUUAAGUAAAAAUAAACGAGUAUAUUUUCUAUUAAUAAAAUAAUAUUACUUUAAUAAAAUUUGUACUUUUGUGUUUAAUACAAUUAAGUGAAGCAAAUAAAAAUUAAAUUGAAUUCUGAAAACCAGUGAAAUGCACAGAAGCGCGUCGCUCAUACGCCCCGUCAAACCAUUGACGCACAUAUGAGUAAUAAAUUAUUGCGAGCAGCAACGGUAAAGUAGAAAAUAAAAAUUGGCUGUUUUGGUAGAUCAAUCAGCCAUUAACAAUAGCUACAAACCGGAACAAACGCGCGGAAUGACAGUUCAAAGAGUGAUUGUGAAUUAUGGAAGUGAUUAUAUGGUAUAAGCACAACACCGCAACUAAUUAAAUGAAGCUAAUUUGUGCAAGUGUGAGUAGUGUCUAUAAAACGUAAUUAUAUAAAAAAGAGGCAUAAAAAAUCAAAGACAACACCUUGAAUACAUAAACAAUAACAAAAACAAACGCCACUCUAGCGGCAGCAUGACUGAGAACAAGUAUAAACACGCUGCUAGCAGUGCCGACAGCACAGAAAUCGCCAGCAGUCACAACAAUAACGCGCAAGGCCAAAGCACAAACGCCGGCGGUAGCAACACCAAGCCGAAGGAAAAGAAAAAUGACAGCGAAGCGACAGUGGCGCUAGCGAAUACGCAACUUGAACGGGAAAAGGAUGAAGAGCCGCAUGACAGUGGCAAGGCUACGCUGUAAGUAUCUAGGAUACUCGUGGUUUGAUAUACAGGAAGAGAUAUGGAUAGUGAGGUUACAGAAUCUGUUAAAAUUCGCGUCAAGCGCAGGCAUACUAAAGGAUGAUUACUCCUCACGGACACAACAACUGAAAUCCAUCCGUUCUUGCGCUGUUGGUCCACCAGAAUGCACCAAGUGGAGCGAUUACGUAUAUAAGGCUGUACCGUUUCAGAAGCGUUUCCCGGCGCUUGACUCUAUGAAUGAGACUCGACAGUAUCAAAAACAUAUCUGGGUCAUGUUUUCAGUCAGUUCAAACAAUGUUGCGAACAAGUAAUGUUUUUUCUUCGAAGAGAAGUAAUGGUUUUGAGUAAUGGUAAUAAUGAUGAUAUAUGUACAUAUGUAUGUAAAUGAAUAGUGAAAUGUAAUGUUAAAGUAAUGAAGUGAUAAUAUAUUUUUAAUUGAAAUAUUUGAUAAUUUAUUAUUGUUGUUGCUCAUAUGUAUAUCUGUUAUCUGUAAAGAAAUAUAAUAUUUUUGCAAAUAAAAAUGGCGAGUUUAAGAAUAUGA